GCUAAACACAUCGAGCGUGGUAGGGCACGUGGAAAAUACUGUGCAUAAAGAAAUUCGCACUGUGCGUAACCUCGAUGCAAACUUCAGAACAAAAUGCUGAUCAAUCCUGAAAGAUAAAUCUAUGGACGUGUCAGAACAUAGAGAAUAAAAGAAAGAGAAUCGUGCUGUGUUUGGAAACGGGAGCACACGGACGUAUGUACUGCUUUAUUAACAAAUAGAAGACCGUCUGUGAACAUGGCUUCAAACGGUUCGAACGAUGCCCUUCACGCGAACGUGCGAGUGAAGAUAGAACCUGGCACGUCUGUAUCGUCGGAGCCGUCGACCUCGUCGCUUUUGGAAAGGGUGACGAACAUCAAAAUGGAGCCAGGCUUACCCACGACCACGCAGAGGCUGACGUCCUACCGGCUGCCGCGGGACCUGACCCUGGGUGGAAACAUUAAGACUGAAAAACCGAAGAAGGUGUACACGCCAAAUCUCAACGUUCAAAGGAAUAAGAAAAAGGACGAUCCAGCGAUCUCGGUCAAAACCGAGCAGGCGAGAUCGAGAAACAGCGAUCGCGGAAGGGAACGAGGGAGAGGUGACAGAGGACGUGGACGAGGAGACAAAGCAAAUAUAAUACAGUCCGUUGGUGUAUGGUCGGAAGGAAUAUAUACGGCACCUACCGCACCUAGAAAAUUUGAUGGUCCUAGAACUUCCAGUAGCACAGGAAGUGCUACAAGACGUCUGGUGAAACCAAAAUUAAUUAAAAGUAAGAUUAUCGAUAAAAUAGAAGAAGAGAAGAAAUUACAGAGUCUGUCAGGAGAUGAUUUUAUCGAGGAUGACCCUUAUACUGAUGCUGAUGAAAAGAUGUGUCCUCUUACACUGCCACGAGUUAAAAAGGAUAUAUAUGAUGGGACUGAUAAUGACAAGACCGAUAACAAACCGACCAUCUCAGAAAAUGGUGAAGCCGUAAAUAUAGAAAAAAGAAAGGAAAGCGAGCAAGACAAAAAGGAAGAAAUCACAAUUUCUAAAAAAAUAAUUUCUCAAAUAAUCGAAAACAAGGCCAAUUCCUAUACAUUAAUACAGUUUCCAGAAUCUCUGCCAGGUCUGGAAUCUAAUAGAGAGGAAGCAGGAUCAAAACCAAAUACAAGUACUCGUAGUGAUAGUAAAGCAAAAACCGAGCGUUGUACCUUAAAAGGUUUAAGAGAUGGUCUUUUAGGCAAACUCGAAAUUUUAAAAUCGGGUAAAACGAGAUUACGUAUUGGCGAGAUGUGUUUUUUUGUCGAUAUUGGAGCGCAGCAACGUUUUCAACAGGACCUUUUAGCUGUAAAAAUAGACGCUGCAUCACAAACCGGUGAUCUUAUCAAUCUUGGCCCAGUGAAUAACAAAUUAAUUUGUUCGCCAGACUUGGAAUCCGUGUUAGAAAAUUCGUAAGAUUCUGUAAAUGUGUAUUAUUUUAAAUAUAUUUAUACAAAAGGAUGUUGAGUUGUAGGAAAUUUAUGAACAAUACACAUAAUGCGAAUUAUAA